UCUUCUCAAAAGUCCCAGGCGCUAAGAAAGCCCAAAAACUCUGUUAAGAAGAGAAAUAAGGAUGUUGGCUGUGGAGAGGCAGAUUCUCACUUUAAAAUCAAAGCAUUUGUUCUCUGUUAAACGAUCAAUUUGAAAAACCCAAAGGCGCUGUGAUAUUUGAGCUACUGAUAAACAGGGAGGAGAGAAAAUGUUGAAGUCUAUGCUUGGUUGCUGCAAGGUGUACAUUUCUGAAAGCAGAAACAGGGCUGCGCUGGAGGCCAUCGAGCGAGCUGCUAAGCUUUUCUCAGAAGCACCCAUUGUCAAUAAGUUUGAAGAUGAGACUUACAACAGAGUUGGUUACACUCUUGUCUCCAAGUUGGCUCCAAAGCCAUCUGAGGAUCCUUGUCCCUUGAGGAUGGCAGUGCUGGCCAUGGUUAAGGCUGCUUUUGAAACCAUCGACCUUGAGAUGCAUUGUGGAAGUCAUCCCCGGCUCGGAGUUGUGGAUCAUAUAUGCUUUCACCCCCUGCUUGGUGCUUCUUUGGACCAAGUGGCUGGGGUUGCAAACUCUUUGGGGGCAGAUGUUGGCUCUAAUCUUCAAGUCCCUACCUUUCUCUAUGGAGCUGCCCAUGAAGAGGGGAGGACACUUGAUUCAAUCAGAAGAGAGCUGGGUUAUUUCAGGCCAACUUCUAGUGGAGAACAGUGGGUUGGGGGGCCAAAAUCGGAAUACUUGGCGCUGAAGCCGGACAAGGGACCCCCUCAAGUGACUCAGGGAAAAGGUGUCAUUGUGAUUGGAGCAACCCGGUGGGUUGAUAACUAUAACGUCCCAGUUUUUUCUACUGAUAUUGCUGCUGUUCGUAGAAUUGCGAAACGAGUGAGUGGCAGAGGAGGUGGACUUCCUUCAGUCCAAGCCAUGGCACUUGCACACGGUGAAUCUGUCAUUGAGGUAGCUUGCAAUUUGUUGGAACCGGAGAAAGUGGGAGGAGAUAGGGUUCAGCUUGAAGUUGAGAGGCUUUCAGAGGAAGAGGGGAUAAGAGUCGGGAAGGGCUACUUCACUGAUUUUUCUCAGGAAAAAUUAAUUGAAAGUUACUUGCAGUCAGGUUGCUGUAUGUAAACUUGUUCUUUCAUGUAUCCUUGUGAGGCUACUGAUUCUUGAAUUGUCCAAUGUAUGAAAUUUGGAUGGUUCUAUUGGCAUUA